AUAAAAGCACUGUGCAUCAAAUCAAUCAAUCGUCAGAUGGAAUUCAAUCCAACGGCGGAAACGACGAUGUUCUCCAACACCACCACUACCUCAUCGGCGGCGGCGGCCGUCGACCCCACGCCCCUGCUCGGAGACCAGAUCUCCCGCGUACGCCGCCCGCCUUUCCUCCGUCGCCCUCCCAGCCUACGCGGCGCGGCUCAGUUCCUCCGCCGCGCCAGCAGCCGGAGCCGCCCGAUGCGGGAGCCGUCCGUGCGCGUGCGCGAGGCGGCGGCCGAGGAAAUCGAGGAGCGCCAGAGCGAUUGGGCUUACUCGAAGCCGAUAGUGAUACUGGACAUCGUUUGGAACAUAGCCUUCGUGAUUGUCUCGAUUUCCGUGCUUGUUAUGAGCCAGAACGAAACGCCAUCGAUGCCGCUGAGACUCUGGAUAAUCGGUUAUGCUCUUCAGUGCGUCCUGCACGUGGUGUGCGUCGGAACCGAGUAUAAGAAGAGGUAUUUGCAGCAAGGUCGGGAGAGUGGAGGCGAGAGAGGUCAGUUUAGGUAUAGUCGGAAUUAUUCCAAUUCGAGCUCCGGAGAUGAUGAUAUAGAAUCCGGUAACUAUUUCUCCGAUCACCGCCGGAGUGAUGAGGAAACUAGUGUUGUUAAACCCCUGGAGUCUGCGAAUACUAUGUUCUCAUUCAUUUGGUGGAUAAUUGGAUUCUAUUGGGUAUCUGCCGGUGGUCAGAGCUUGACAACUGAUUCGCCUCAGCUUUACUGGCUCUGCAUUACAUUUUUGGCAUUUGAUGUGUUCUUUGUUGUCAUUUGUGUUGCUGUGGCUUGUGUCAUUGGCCUUGCUGUUUGCUGCUGUCUACCAUGCAUUAUUGCACUCUUAUAUGCAGUGGCGGACCAGGAGGGUGCUAGCAAGGAAGACAUUGAAAAACUACCAAGAUACAAAUUUCGUAAAAUUAGUGAAUCCGAGAAGCAAAACAGUGAAAUCCAAGGAUCGUAUGGAGGAGUUAUGACUGAAUGUGAUACUGACUCGCCCACAGAUCAUGUCAUUCCUUCAGAGGAUGCGGAAUGCUGCAUUUGCCUGUGUUCAUACGAUGAUGGUGCCGAACUGCGUGAGCUCCCAUGUACCCACCAUUUCCACUCGACCUGCAUAGACAAGUGGCUAUACAUAAAUGCGACCUGCCCUCUCUGCAAGUUCAAUAUACUUAAAAACAGCAGCAGCCAAUUCGGCAGCGAAGACCCAUAGUUCAGCAACUACCAUACCGGUCAUGUUUUCCCGACUCCCGGCAGCCCCAGGUUUCAUCUCAGUGCGACCAAGGCAGUGUACGUAUACCUACCUAUCAUUGCCUCAUUACACAUAGGUACUACAUACGUGGUUAUGGCGUGAAAUAUUUACUUGGUGUUUAUACGGGGUGAGGUGUGUAUUAGUGAGUGAGUGAGUGUAUAGAAUGAAUGAUGAGUGCUGUGUGUUGUUUAACAUAUAUAUGUAUGAUAUGUACGGUAUAAUUAAUUAUGCAUCUAUCCAUGGCUUUUGUUUGAUCAAGUUUUUAAGUUGUCGAUCAAAUGGUUUUGUAAAAGAUUUGUGGGUUUCUUUGUUUGGAGUUUUUAUUUAAAUUUUGGUUUAAAUAGUAUUUUGUUUUAUA